AAGUCACCACCAUCUUCUUGCCAUUCAGUCUCCUUGCUUCAGUUGCUUGUGAGUGAUCAAGAAUAAAUCAGCUUGCGGUGUCGGCACACAGCAGCAGCAAUGGCUGGUGGGCAAGUGGCGGCGCACAGGGCGUUCCUGCUCUGCAACUACUUGCUUCUAGGCGCGGCGUCGGGCUGCAUCUUCCUCACGAUCUCGCUCCGCCUCGUCCCAUCCCCGUGCGGCCUGCUCCUCAUCUUCCUCCACGCGCUAACCGCGGUCUUUGCCGCGGCUGGCUGCUCGGGCUCCUUCACUACCCCCGCAGCCGGCGCCGGAGCCCAGCACACUGCGCACACCACCGGUGCCGUCCUCACUGCCAUCUUCCAGGGUGCUGCGGCCGUGCUCGCAUUCACCCGCACGGCUGACUUCCUCACCGAGCUGCGGUCCUAUGUCCGGGAAGAGGACGGCACGGUCAUCAUCAGGCUCGUCGGCGGUCUUGGCGCCGCCAUCUUCGUGCUCGAGUGGGCCUCACUCGCGCUCGCCUUCGCUCUUCGGCUCAGCGAAGAUGGUGGCGAGGAGGCAACCGACAGCGGCGAGUACACCAAGAGCUUGCCGUCUGGCUACCACGUCUGAGUCCGGUUCAGCCGUGGCCACUGGCCAGAGCCUGUCGAGAUGGAGAUGGACGGAGAGGCAAAAUGAGGAUAUGUCUUUUUUCUUGUAUAUAAGUUAGUACAAUUUAAUUAUUGUACCAGUACGAAAUAUGCAAAGGCGAACAUAUUGUUUUGCUUACUGCAUACGUUAUAUAUUUUUACUGUAUCUGGUAUAACGUGGAGGGGGUUUCUUUCUUCACUAUAUUAAGAAUGAUCCUGUUGUGAUAAAUUUUUUGGACAAAAUUUUGUGGAUAAGUUGUAAGUGUAGGGUUCGGGCAUUCUGCUAGUGAU